GUGUCAACCUGUACAAAAACCCCUUUGACAUUAAUCAAUUGUAAUUCAAUUUUGGAACAAGAAAGUUGUCUCUCCCAAAGGAAAAAAAACUUUCAAAAAUAAAUUUUUUCCAAAAAUAAUCAAGAAAAGAAUAAAGUCUUGAAAAUGGCACCCAGGAAGCGCAUUUCACGAGUCCCCACCCGAAUUGUGGUCCCAAUGGAGGAGCUACCCGAAGGUUCCACACGUUCCAUUGGCAUCCAAACGGAUCCCGAGCAGCAACCUUUGUCUGCUCCUCAGCCGACGAAGCGCCAAAAGAUUCUGGAGAAGAUCAAGCAGCUGAAUAAGGCCAAGAAACAGGAUGGGACUUCAAUGGAUAAGACUUUCUCGAAUAUGGAUACUUCAUCGUCCUUGUCCUGCUCCUCCUCCUCCUCCAUGGCAGUGCUCCAAUCGGUGGCUCUUGUGCCCAAAUCCAUUGAGCCGGGUCCCAAUGAGAAGGCCUGCCAGGUGAAGGACUCCGAAUUGGCUCCCAUUCGACCAACACGCCCCAAAUCCGAUUUUGCCAUCCGCAUGGAGCGUCUGAAGGGCGAGAUGGAUCGUCGUCGUAUCGAGUCCAUUAUGUGGGAUAUCAAUCGUUUGGAUGCCUUGGAUGAGAUGAUUAACCGCGAUCCGCCGCCACGUUGGGCAGCCGCCUGUGAAAUGUGGUUGGAAGUGGAUCAGCUGGAGGGACGCAUUAAUGCCUUUUGCAAGAGGAAGGAGCGCAUCAGUGCCAUCGCCCUAAAGCCCUGCAAGUAAAAUGAAGAAAAU